GUCGAAUCUCGAGAAACCACUUUUGAACGUAGAUACGUUACCUAUAUAAACUACUUUCGCAAGUAAAGCUGUGGACCGGCAAAGGUUGUUUUAAGUAUUUGGGUUAAACUUAUCAUAUAUAUUUUGAUAGAGCUUUGAACGAAUGAUUGAAAACUAGUGGAGGGUUUUGAAUUCUUUCAUAUGUGAGAGUUGCUCUCAAACCUAACUGCUGAAAAUGAGGUUGAUUUGUACUGUCAAAGUUGACACAAGCCGGAUGCAUCCUAGUGGUUGCAGUAGUGGAAGUCAACGUGCCAGAGCCUCAACAUUAUCCUUUGGUCGUUCUCCUGGCCCUGACAAAGAAGCAUGUCUUUUUUUACAGUCGGCCAUAGAUCCAAAAGGUGUAAAAUACAAGGUGAAGGACAACAUUGUUAACGUAUUUGCCAGGUUUGUUCAAGAGGGAAAAUGUACCAUCAGGUUGAAGCAACCUGCUCAUGAUCUAAUCAUACAAGCUGAACCUCUUCUACUAAAAAGUUUUUUGAAAGUUAUUAAACUUGGGAUUGCCAAAGGUUCUACCGAACCUGAGGCAAAGAUUCCAAUUCUAGAAGAAAAGUAUUUUCGGCCAAAGAUACAGACUAAGUACAUAGUUGCGACAAACACAGAGUAUCCAACGCUACAGGGAUUUCCUCGCACUGUUGAAGAAUUGCGAAUAGUUGAUUUACAAAGAAAGUCGUUUGACCGUCAGAUUCUCAGGCUAGAAAAACUCCGCCUUCUAGAUCUUUCAAAGAACUGCAUUCGCAGCUUACCAGCUGAGCUGGGGUCCCUACCAAAUCUCAAAGAAUUAUAUUUAGGUGAAAAUCAUCUCGGAAAAUCUCCUUCAAGAGCCUGGGCCUGGCUCAAUGGAGAUUCUAUCAAAAGAAAUUUAGUUCUCUUGGAUCUGAGUCGGAAUGAGAUGACCUGGCUUCCAUUAUUUCUUGGGCAGCUUACAGCCCUGAAGACUUUAAAUCUCAGUUAUAACAUGCUUACAUCUUUGCCUGGAAGUAUUGGCCUUUUGUCUAGUCUAAGGUAUUCAGUCAGAAAAAUUCUACGAUUAAAUUUUCGUCAGAAAUUCAUUAUUGCCCUCUACAGGUGCCUCAGUAUACAGGAAAAUAGAAUCCAAUCACUUCCUGGAAGCAUAAGACGUUUGCGUUUGGAAAAUAUAAAUAUUUCAGGAAACCCAUUCUCUUCAAUGACGUGCCUUCCUUUAAAUCAGUUCAAAGUAUCCACCCUUGUAGAGUGCGCAGCUAGAAGCGUUCUAAAAGCUAGAUUGAACUACGACGCUGAAACUAUUCCCCAUAUUUUGGUAAAGUACUUGAACGGAGCUCGUUUUUGUGACUGCGGUGGGGCUUGUUUUGAGAACCACGUAUAUGCCAAGUUCGAACUGGACCUCCGACGAAUUUCAGAAAGCUGCAUCUUCUCCACACAGUUUUGCAUUCCACUGGACUGCUUCUUCUGCUCCAUGAAAUGCACACGCUUCUGGAUACGCUCCUAGAAACCUAAUAUUUAUUAUCUCUUCAUUUAAGAGGAGAAUUAAGAACUCGUUUUUUGUAUCCACUGCCAUGGAGUUCUGAUGUUUUGUAACAAAACAAUGAUAAAUAAAAAUACUAUUUUCCUAAAAA